AUGUCAUGGGACGAAGAUUUUAAAAAUCCUUCUGUUAAUGAGGCUAGCGUUGCCGAUGAUUGGGAACAAGAAGCUGUUGAAGAUGAAGAUGCUAAUGAUCAGCCAUUAUUAGAAUCAUGGGAUGUGGAUAUAGAUGAAUUGGAGAAGAAAAAGAAAGAAGAAGCUGCCAAGAAGAAGGCAGAGAUAGAAGCUUUGAAAAAGAGACAACAAGAAGCACUUGCAAACAAGAAGAACAAGAAAGGUAAAAAGCCUGUUCUAUUGGAGAUCGAUAAAGUGGAUGGAAGCACCAGAAGAAAGAUGCUAAAGGAAGCACAACUUAAGGCGGAUAUUAAGAAUGCGGCCGAAUUAUUUGCUGGAAUGGAGCUUAGUGAGAAGAAGAAGGGAGAAGACUCCAAUGGUACUAGCAAUGAAGAAGAUCUUGAUGAGCUAUUUGAGGCUGAUGAUGAUGACGAACAAACAGGUAGCAGAGUGGCUCUAACGGUUGAUUCUCCCUUGAUAGAGCAUCCGUUGUUCCUUGCAGAAGAUGAGCAAGGAUAUGAGAAGUUGAGGAGAGGAUUGGCAGGAGAAAUGAAGCGUCUAGCAAAAGUUAAGCCUUUAACAUACGUUAAUUCUUUGGCAAUUGAUCUCAUUUCCACAAUGUGCGAACCAAUGAGUCUCGAGCAGACUAGAAAAGUCGUCUCCACUUUGAAUGCGCAGGUCACUAAAAAGGUCAAGGACGAAAGAAAAAUACGUCUCUCUAAGACUGGAGGUACGUCUUUAGGAGGUACUGGUAAGAAGAAAGUCAAGGGAAAGCUCAACAUUGGAGGAGGAGACUCGUUCAGAACUGACAAGAUUAAUGAUAUGCUUGAGGACGACGACGAUGACUUUGGAGACGAGGAUUUCAUGUAA